AUGGCUUCCGACAUGAGUCCAGAGGAAUCAAUUGCCUUGAUCAAGGCAAACCUUGCCGAGGUUCUCGACGGAGAUAUUAUCGACAAUGUCAUCCUCAAGGAGAAGCGUCCUCUCAAAGUUUACUGGGGAACUGCAACGACUGGCAGACCUCAUUGUGGAUACUUCGUACCAAUGAUUAAGAUAGCAGAGUUACUGAGGGCGGGUUGUAAUGUUAAGGUUCUCCUCGCAGAUAUCCACGGUUACUUGGACAAUAUGAAAGCACCUCUCGAACUCGUCGAAUACCGCGCCAAGUACUACGAACGAGUAAUCAAAUCAGCUUUGAGAGCGGUUGGCGUUGAUUUGAGUCGUCUGGAAUUUGUACUAGGAAGCUCUUACCAACUUGACAAGGAAUAUACAAUGGACCGAUUUAAGUUGGAGGGUAUCACCAGAAUUAACGUCGCCCAAAAGGCUGGUGCCGAAGUCGUUAAGCAAACGGAUGAUCCAACACUUGGUGGCUUAAUUUACCCUCUCAUGCAGGCUCUAGACGAACAAUAUCUCGACGUUGAUGCACAAUUCGGUGGUGUUGACCAAAGGAAAAUCUUCACCUUCGCAAAGGAAAAUCUGCCAAAGAUUAAUUACAAAGUCAGAGCACAUUUAAUGAACACAAUGGUUCCUGGUCUAGGAGAGGCUGCGAAGAUGAGCUCUAGUGAUGCGGACUCGAAGAUCGACCUGAUCGAUGGCCCAGAGGCUGUUGAGAAGAAAUUAAAGAAGGCUAAGUGCACGCCAAAGGAAGUUGAAGGUAAUGGUGUCAUCGCUUUCGUCGAACAUGUUAUUUUCCGCGCUCUCGCUCUGAAGAACGGAGGCACUUCGAGAUUUGUUGUUGAGAGAAGAGAUCAGGAGCCGUUGAUCUACGAGUCUGUGGAGAAGUUGAAGGAAGAUUACAUAGCAGAUAUUCUCACCCCUCAACUUAUCAAACAAAGUCUCACCGCCCACCUUAACGAUAUUUUAAAACCAAUUAGAGAGGAAUUCGAAGCAUCUCCAGAAUGGCAAGCAAUCGAAGUACAAGCUUACCCUCCAGAACAAGGUCCAGUCAAGGUCAAGAAGGCAAAGAAAGAAAUUGAUCCAGCAAGAAAAGCCGCGGCGUUAGCAGCAAGGAAAAAUGUCGUUGCACAGCCAGAUGGACAUGUUGAAGGAAAAGAUGCCCAAAAAGUCACCGUUGGAUCAAGCACGGAAGAAACAUUGGAGAAAUUGAAGAUUGCUUCGGAGUCAUAA